CCGCGCAACGCCGAUCCAUUCUCCGAUAACUUUCAUCGACCAGCCCGCGCUAUCACGGACUUUCUCGUACAGAACGAUUUUUCUCGAUCGCGGGGAAGACAGAGAGGAGAGUCUAGACAACAUAGACUCCUCCGAAGGACAUCCUAAGAACGUUCGUACUAUUCUAAAGACGUUCCCCAAAAAUGUCCUUCGGAUGAAGUAUGUUGUAUGGGAUGAAGGGGAGAGGAGGAUAUUCAACGCGAAUCCUAGAGAAUCCGUUUCUUUUAUUAUUAUAUGCUACGACGCGCAACCUCCUCUGGUAUCCUCCUCUCCCCUUCAUCCCUCGGUCACUCCGCGCACUAAUGAGCGCCACCGAUCAUUCGACAUAAAAGCAUUGUUUAUCCCUGAAAAGCUGUGCACACACUUCGACAAUGAAUUUCCUUUUGCGAGCGAACAGAGUGACAUACACAGUCCUACGAUAUUAAAUCCGAUAUUAAUUAUGUAAUUAAUUUACGCGACGUGAAUGAAACGUAUCCUUCCAUUUAUAUCAAUUACCAUCAGGGCGUUCGGGCGCUAACAAUAUGGCAUUAUGCACCCCGCACGGGCGAUCGACUUUUUUUCUCGAAAUGUCACGUUAAGAACGACACAAAGCAUAUGUUAUCGUCGAUCGAAACGGUCGCGCCAGGUCGAAGGCUCGUACUUUUCUCUCCAAGCGUGUGCAUUAGCGACAAUUUUGCGAGUCGCGAUAACAAAUUAUUUCUGGAUGAUCGCUCCUCGGGCGAUCGUACGUCGGCAUUACGGCAUUUCUCUGUGCGUCGAUGCCGAAAUUCGACGCGGGCGACAAAGCGCGCGCGUCGCACUUGGCAAAGACGGUGGCUCGUCGGAGCGAGUCUACGGCACUGGCGUACGUUUCGUGUCGGAGUGCAGGUGGGCCGAGCGCAGCCGGAAACGGCCGAGCGCGCUCGGGAGAAAACCGAGCGGCGCUACUCGGCGAGGAGUGUUGUCAGAGUAUUCAGUAAUGCUUUGCAUGGCCAGCUAGCUGCUGUCGUGUGCGUCGAUGACAGUCGCGUUGUCAUCUGUUCGGAGAGUGAUCGUGCGAUGUUACUUGAGGAGCUAACCGGGCUACCGGCGGCCGACACUUAACGUCGCGCGAGUGCGUUUUUCGUGAGACUGUGAAUCAAACAAAAAAUAAAAAAAAGAAAGAAAGUAACGAAACGCUAACAGACACGUUACCGGGAAAGACGGACGGGAAGUGAAGAGACACACAGUGUGAAAGAGAAACGCGAGAGACAGAGGUUACAGAGAGAGAGAGAGAGAGAGAGAGAAAGGGGACGGGCAUUUGCGGAACAGGAACCUCAUCGUGCCCACGGCUGAAGUAACGUGGAACUUCGGUUCCACGUACCGCCGUACGUCGUCGUGACUUUUCUCUCCGUUCUCGCCGCGAAUCACCGAGUCACGCGGAGAGCAGGGAAAAUAAAAACGGACCGUCGCGGUGGCACCGUGCGCGGUGGCAGUGCAGCAGCAGCGUACCAAGAUGCUGUCAUCAGUGUCAGCGAAAUAAUAAUGUGGUGCGACGUCAGUCAGCAUAAAACUAAUGAAAGGGAAGAUGUUUUGGGCCUAAAGAGUUGUGCAAUGAUGGGUCUGCAGGCGACGGCAGGAAAACGCAAAUUGGAGGGUGGUGUCGGCUGCAUGGAAUUCCACAUGGACUUAGGCGAGAGUCCGUCGAAGCUCGGACGUGUGGAUGGUAGCUGGUGGGCGAUGGACGAUAGUUACGGGCCGCCCUUAAAUCCGACAUCGUAUUACGAGAUGGAGGUGAGUUCGCCCUGCCUACAGGCGACGAAUCCGUGCCAGCCUUCGGCGACGAGUUCCUCGCAGCAGCAACAGCAGCAGCAGUCCCAGCAACACUCCUCGCAGCACCAUUCAUCUUCCCAAUCGCCACAACAGGCGCAACAGCAGCAGCAGCAGCAAUCGCAACAACAACAGCAGCAGCAACAGCAGCAGCAGCAAUCGCCGUCGUCACCCUCGACGUCGGCAUCGUCCACGGUGACACAGUUGCAUCAUCACGCGCAACACUAUUAUCACCAUCAUCAACGCGCCUCCGUCAGCCCUAUCGGUAGCAACGGUUAUAACCAACUAUCGAGAUCUCAGCCGCAAUGGGGCGCCCUUCAUCAUUACGAACCGCCGACGAUACGUCGCGAGGAAAAUGGCAAGAGCUACCUGGAGCUUGGUUCAAGUUACCGUGCGAAUGAACGGUGUUGCGAAGGUUCCAAAUCCAGCUGGUGUCGGCGCGGUCGGGCCUGCUACCGACAGCGGCGACUUGCCGUGCUCAACAUCUCUAUGUGCAAACUCGCCAGGUACCGCCAAUUCCCGGAUCCGAGCCUCCACCGAUCGGUACUCAUCUGUAACACUUUGAGACAUCUGGAACGUGAGAUGGAGAGGGACAGGAGUCCACCACCUAUGGAGCCAGUCGUACCGGCACCGAUCGCUCAACUGCAACCGCCCGAACAGGGCAGGUUAACGCCUUUCCCUGUGCCACCGACGUCGUCGGGUGAGACCGACGUCGAUUCCGGCAUUGGUGAUAGCGACGACAGUCGAUCGAUCAACUGGGGUAGCGUACUGUCUCUGUCAAGCCAGUCGCCGCUCGACCCGCUCAAUAACAACGAACUACUGGAUGUAGAUAUUGGGCCCGAUCUCGACCUGGAUUUUAUGCCCGGGUGGAAGCUGACGCCUCUUUCGACGGAUGACAUCCUGAGAAGUACAACGACGACCCAGGAACAGCAUCAUCAUCACCACCACCACCAUCAUCACCAUCACCAUCAACAUCACCAUCAUCAACAGCAACAACAACAACAGCAGCAGCAGCAGCAACAGCAGCAACAACACCUAAUGUCAUCGGGGAGCAGUUGCGGCAGCAGCUGCGGUAAUAGCAACGUUAUCGGAAGCGCUGGCGUCAGCAACGUUGGUAGUAGCAGUAGUACGCACGAGUCGUUGAUGUGCGUAGGAUCAUAGCCCUCGACUUUGACAUCGUUGAGUCAUCUCAUCGAUUUCUAUCCGCUAACGCCGCAGGGCAAAUAAAUCCGCGGCGAUGGACAAUGCAGCCCGCGUUUCGCAGCCCGCGGGGCUGCUGAAAAGGCGCGCGGGCGAGAGGCAAAGUGAUGGAAUACUGAUCUCUCGCCCACCCUCUGGAGCGCUCGACAUCCGGCCGGCGACUCUCGAGGAGCCGCCUUCAUCUUUCAGUUUCGUAUUAAUUUAUUGUCGUGUCAAUUACACAUGUACACACGGAUACAUACAAUCGGACACGUACACCGAUACCGAUACAACCUUCUAUGACACUUUUGUUCUUCCUCCGCUCUUUUUACCACUGCUAUUACUACUACUACUACUACUAUCACCAUCGCUACCAUUACUGACUCUAUCGUUACCAUUACUUCUACUGCUAUCCCUCCCGCGACUAUUUACCACUACCGUUAUCGUUACUUCUACUACUAUCGCUACUAUUGCUAGAGUAAUACUAUAUCACACUACUCUUACUAAUACUACUACUAUUAUUAUUACUAUCGCUAAUCAACGUGUCUCCCAAUGUAUUUGCUCCCCGAGAGACGGACGCGUCAUGACACGCGGCAUCCGCAGGUGCAGAUAGAGCGCUCUGAGGGUUUAACGAACGAGUUAAGAACGGGGAGAGUGAAGAGAAGGAUGGGUUGUGUGUAUGUGUAGAAUAAGGGAACGAAAGCCUUUACUGUCCGCGUGUCGACAGGUGCUGCUACUCUCGAUGAUCUGGUGUCCUGACAAAUAUUCGGACGGCAAAUUUCGUAUCGAGCUACCGCGUGCAAGAUCAUGGAGACCCGCGCGUAUCAUCUCUUCCACCGUGGAAUUUCGAGACCAGGUGCAAACGCAAUUUACAUGCGCCUCGGGAUAAUUUGUCUCAAGAUUUGAAAGAGAGAGAGAUAGAGAACUGUCGAUAAUCAUCAACCCUUCAAUAGCGCGUAAUAACGAUCAUCCAUAGGAUAACAGGAUCGAGGCAAUGUUUCUGCAAUUGCAUCUGCGAACUCGAGAAUCCACGUUCGAACCUUUAGAAAGGUAAUUAAAACGUACAAGAAAAUACGCAGAGCGUAGAGAGAUUCGAGAGGCUGGAGAAAGAGGGAAAAUGGUAUCAACCACGAGGAAACUUCCUCUUCGAGGCAGGAAAAACCGACGAGAACGUUGCGAUCGAAGUCUUCCGGCCUGGAGAGCUCCUGUUCCCUCGCACAGUUCUCGUUUGUAAGUCGCAGCCUCAGAUUGUCCAGGGGGAAUUUCCUUCGUGGAACAGCGUGCGAGGUCCGCGUCUUUGGGAGGAACAAUCGAUGAUAAUCACCGACGAUACACUACCCGCGCAUAUAUAUGUAUGUAUGUGUAUAUAUUUGUAUGUAUAUAUAUGUAUGUAUGUAUGUGUGUGUAUAUAUAUAUAUAUAUAUAUAUAUAUAUAUAUAUGUAUGUAUGUAUGUAUGUGUGUGUGUAUGUACACACGUAUCCACACGCAUUCAACACACACGCACAACAGAUAGUAUACAUACAACUGCUGUGGCCUAUAUUACACGAAGAGACACGUGCGAGCGUGAGUGCACGCAAGUCAUACGGUGCUACAGGGCGGCUGCAUCCUGGUGCUUGUAUCCUCUGGACACACGAACACACAUGCAUGUACGUACAUAUAUACACAGACCCGGGCAUAUAUUAAGCCGAAGACGUACCGAAUUCGCACGGAUCGCUCGCUUAGCGUCCGUCGCUCGGGGUCGUCAUGACGCGUGUCCUAUCGUCGUAAGCGUGAUACGAUGUAAAUCGGAGAUGUCGGCGUCUCGAUCUCGAGAUACCUUCAGCACCACCAGUCGCAGCGUAGAUUCUGCUUGUUCGAGUAUUUUCAUCUCGCGUAUCGCGGAUAUUAUAAUUAAAAAGAUUUGAGUAGAUUAAAAAAAAAUUAAUCGGAUCCUAUAUAAUUCAGUAAAACGGAAAUACUUGGUUGUACAUGAUUUUCAUCUGUCUGAUUAUAAAUUAAUGUAUAAAUUGGAAAAUGUGCACAUGAAACUCGAGUUGAAAUGUCUAUCGUAUAAAAAUAAUUUAUGAAGAUACAGCAAGUCACAUUGAACAGGCUGAAUUGGGUUGGUGCAAUAAGGUCUCGAUUGUUUUACGUAUUGCGAGAAAGUGAAAGAACAAUAGAAAGAGGGUUGAAACAUUUGCGUUGAAAUUACAAACCGUAAGCUAGAUAUUAGAACACGCGUUUAACCAGUGAGUGCAUUCGUUUAAGCACGUUACGACCAGAACAAAAGUUACUUUCAUACAGCGAUCAUACGAGAUAUGACCUCGUAAAUAAUCUUUGUCUAUCUUGAUUUUUUACACUCCAGGAUAUAAACGCACGUACAUAUAUGACGUUGACGCAGAUAUAUACAAGGUUCUUAAGUAUUGUAAAUGACUUCAAAGAAUAAUUCCUCACAUUCAAAACAAAAACUUUAUAUGAUCAUAUGUUCGAAACAGCUUAUAUUCAAAAGUUGUUUUGGAUUCGUCCCUGAUUGAAUAAAAAAAUAAUGCAUGGUCUUAAAAGAUUAGCUUUCUAUGAUAUAUACACAAAGUUUUAUCAAAAUAACCUGAGAGGUUUUCAAAAUUGAAAAAAAAACGAAUUUUUUUUGUCCUGUACCUUACUAACUAUGUCGUUUCGGACAUAUAAAGUUUUAACUUGAAUUAAUGUGAUAAUGUAAACUUUUAAAAUUUUGUAAAAUACUUAAUUUUUGUUAAGCGAUACGUUUUUUAAUACAGACACUCACUGAUUAAUAUCAACCGUGCAACUGAUUAUUUCGACGAGUAGCAAUAUUUAUCUAGAAUUUUUUCAGUACUUUAAUCAUCGCAACUCGACAAGGAAGUGUGUGCCACGAUUCAAAAUCACAAAGUCUAAUCGUCAGUUGAAAUGUGAAAAUUAAGCAUGCAAAGUAGUCCAUUAGGUUUUCAAAGUCCAUUAAGCUUCAACGCAAUGGAUUAACCCUAACAUGCAUGACGUGGGCCGUGUAACUCGAUUUUAAAUGCGAACUCCGCAUUAAUUAUUUUACCAGAAUGACCAUCGGACUUCCCGCCAAUAAAUAAAUAAAAAAUAAAUAUAAAAGUAUUGAAACAUCGUAUUAAAAAAAAAGAGAAAAUGCAUAAAGAACUCGUAAGUUAAAAUUAUCGCGAAUAAAGAAGAGAAACGAAAUGUGAAAUAAAGUUUAAUGAAAUUUAUCGUAGUGAAUUAUAACGAGAAUUUAAAAAAUCACAUUUUCUAAAGAUGUUAGAAUCAUUUAUCCCUUCAGUGACGGAAGAAGAUCGAAAUUAUCAAAAAAUCAUGAAGGGAGAUAAUUACAAAUGGGGUGCAACAGGCCACGUCGCGCAUCGCAUACAUAUCUGCCUGUAUACAUAUAUGUACACACGCGUGUGUAUAUGUGUGCGAGAGAUAGGUGACACGCGUCCCAAGGAGAUUAACGCGAGACGCCGGCGCCUUCGUGUGGAUAUCUUGUGUCUUGACAUACGACGUCGACAAAUGUACCUGCAUUUUAGAGAUCGGGAUAACGUUUUCCCCUUCGGAUCGUCGCACGGUGGCCACUGCGCGCCACUGAUCUCCCGUAAAUGUAUCAUAUGUACACACACAUAUAUAUAUAUAUAUAUAUAUAUAUAUAUAUAUAUAUUUUUAUAUAUAUAUAUAAAAUAUAUAUAAAAUAUAUAUAAAAUAAAUUAGAGUGGCCGGCGUGCGCGCGCGUGAAGAAGGCGAAACGCUCGGAGUUAAGGUCGAUUUAAAAGCUCGCUCGACCCCGGACGCACCUUCUCGCGUGAAAUCCGUGCGCGAUCUCGCCCUCAACGUCCACGAAUCUAUUCGAGAGCAGCUAUACUUAAAAACUAAACGAUUUAAGAAAGUCUAACGUUACGAAAGAGAGUAAUAAUAAUAACUUAUCGACUCGACUGAUUACUUAAACGCGAGGGUGAAUGCGAAUGUGAGUGCGAGAGACGAGGGAGAGCAAGGAGCGGUGUGCGUGUGUAAAAAGGGAUGAUGUAAUUAUCGCGAUAGAGUUGAUUUAAAUUGUAAUUAAAUAUAAUGAUGUUUUCUCUUAUAUGAGACAGACACACACAUGGCACACGAUACAUACACACGGAGAUAUACGCGAGGUAUGCUAGGUACUUGUUGUGUAUGUGUGUGUGUAUGUACAUAUGUGUAUGUACAUACAUGCAUACAUACAUACAUACAUACAUACAUACAUGCAUACAUAUAACAUGCGUUACUUACUAAGUCUAAGCUCUUAGGCAUAAACGCGAAUCGUCGAGAAAGAAGAGAACCCUUCGCACCCUCGUCCUCACUCCGCGAGUCGCAUCAACUAUCCUCGCUCCUUCGAAGAUCCUUCCUCAAGUUCUAUUUUCUACUUUGUACCGUAACACACGAUCGGCACACACCUCCUCUCACACGUGCAUUUCCAUCUCUCCCUCUGUCCCCUUUCACCAAACCGCCCUUCUCCGACGAUAAUACUCCCUCCCCGCGCGAUUUCUUCGCGGAAACGACGAGCAAUAUUACUUAUAACAAGUCGCGGGGAAUUUUAGGGAAUGAGCGUACGUACAAAUCCACACGCGCGAGUGUCACACACGAGCCCCUUACGUGUGCAUUGUAUGCGCGUUAGGCGUCAAACGUUAGUAAACGGCGGGUUGAACGAGAUCGCGGGAGAUACGGGAGCUCACGUCUCUCAAGAAAAGAGCAACGUGAUUAUAGGCGAAAGAGUAGUUCCUUUCCAGCAGAGAGGAGAAAGAGAAGAGGAAGUUCGUCUUAGAUUUUAAGUAUCGUAGUUGUGUCAUUGGCUAUCUUUCGCUGUUAACGUUUCACGGAACUUGUAUCCGCUGAAUGCGACUCCGACACUAAAUUCGAUAAGACGCAACUCUAAAUCUCUUCAACGUCUAGCUCCGAAAUUAGGAAUAUAUUCGAUUUUGGAAUCAUGACAUCUCGCUUCGACUGGACUCGAGACAAGCGGAAACGUAUUAACAAGCGAGUUUUUCGUUUCUAUAACCUCAGGUUCACCCUCCAGUUAUUGUACACCUGAAGGGAAGCUUCGGUGUGCGUUUGACUGCUCCAUGGAAAAGCUGAAUGAUGUAAUAUCCUCUUUUUUUUUAGAAAAUAUUCGUUAUUCUGUCAUAAUUACUCAUAAUUAUGAUUUACUGUAAUUUUAACAUUGCUGUUAAUGUUUGUGAUUAUUUUGUCGCUAUAUAUACACUGAGAAACAAACGUUAUUAACUGAAUUUUUCAAUUUGAAAGUAUAUAUUUAAGUGUAUAAUACUUGAACUAAAGAAAUGUAAUCAAGUUGAAAAAUUCAGUCAAGUUUGCAAUUUCUUUCUCAGUGUAAGUCGCCGUAAAUCGCCAAUCUUUCAUGAAACGGCAAACAAUGAAUUAACAAUUCAUCAACACUGUUUGCUCGCUUUGCUUGUUUUUCGGUGGAGCAGCCGCGUUGUUCUUCUAGGACGUUGUUAGUACCAAGCGAAGCUAUUGAGAGCUGAGAAUAAUACGGUCGCGUGUCUCAAAUCGCGUACGUUUCCAUAAAUAAAACUUUUCCUUCUCCUUUGAGAAAGAGAGAAAGAAAAACUGAGUAAAUUCAAUAUUAAUAUAUUUCGAAAAUAUUAUGUAUCUUCUGUUUAUCUGAACAGGUACAAAAAUUUGCAUAUUUCUAAAAAAUUAAGUAAUAUAGAAAGGGUCACUGCACCAGUCAGUAGACAAGUAAAGACAAUUUAAAAAAUAAUAUUUCAAUCAAAUUCAUAUGAAAAUUAGAUUUUUUUAAAUGUCAUUUAAUUGCAAUUUAUUAUUUUCUUAUUAUCAACUCUUAUUACUUUAAUGUUGUCAAAUAAUCGUUUAUUAGUGAUUCUUGAACGAUUGAUGCAGUAACUCUGUGCCGGAUAUCUUUGCCAGCAGCGUCUCACGAUCGUAAAAUCACACGUAACAAUUGACUAAUGAAAAGAAUAUAUCCCGAUAUAAAACAAAAAAAACCAUUUUUAUUGGUUACUACACGCAGUUCCUGAGCCAAUGUGCAAAAAUUAUCUGUGCAAUGACAAGUAUUUCUUCUUAGAGAAGAUAUUGAAAUCCGCUCUUGUCUGCGAGUCUCUUCUCAACGUUAGAAGAUGUCCGAGACAUUCUCAAACGUUCAAGAGACCCCUGAGACGUUCUUUGCGUCCGUGUGAUCCGACGUCGCUUUGACUCCUACGCGGAGGCGAAAGCGCGAGAUCAUGCGAGCGCUGCCGGCAUCGGUACGCGAGGCUUUGCCUUUUUUUUGUUUUAUUUUUUUCUUUGCAAUCCACGCUGACGCGUAACUCGCGAUCGGACGCGCGUAUCUCGUGAAGUGCCUAAAAACCGCCGCGAAGGGAGAAAGUUACGGCUGUUAAGUGCGAAGUCCUCGGCAUAUGCCGACGUGCAUACAAGUGGCAGCGGUGUGUGCGACACGAUUAUACUCUAGCGAUUAUUCGCGUUUUCUUCCCGUUCUUCCCCUCCUUCCCCGCACCCUUUUCCUUUUUCUCUCUUUUUUUUCCUUUUUAACGGGAUGCCGGAUGGAGGCGUUUUGUAAAUAGUAUAAAUAGCACAUGCGCGAAGAUACGUUUAAGCGAAAUGAAAAAGAGGAUAUAAUAAGUUUAAUAUUGAGAAAAUAUAUAUAAAUAAGAUAUAUAUUAUAUAUUAAAGAAAAAAUUGUAUAUAUAUAUGUAUGCGUAUACGUGUACGUGUGCGUGUAUAUGUGUAUAAGAUUAUUAUUAUUAUUAUUAUUAUUAUUAUUAUUAUUAUUAUAUGCAUAUAUAUGUAUAUAUUUAUCUUGGUAAAUAAUACGAGGCGGUGACGAGCUCGCGAUCGAUUCUUCCUCAUCGUCGGCGGUGAUAUUCGGACGAAAUUCAUUUUCAUUCGCGCUCAUGACGGCUCGCGGCAAUUCAGUAGUCACUCAUCGAAAUUCUCUCUUUUUCAGAGUGUUCGGUGAGCAAAUUUUUUUUUUUUCCUCCCAAACCAACUUCACGAUCAAAGAUCGAGUUUUAACGAUCACGCGAGAUUUAGUAAAAAAGGUCACACCCAGAAUAUUUUUCUCUCAGCGCGAUCGAUUCGUAUAUUAAAAUUGGUUUCAACAUUGAGCUUAUGUUACAAACGUAAAUUAAUUAUGACAAUGAUGUUCGAGAGAGAAUCAUUUAAUUUGCGUAUUACGUAAAACUUGAGCCGUCAUCGCGCGAACCGAUUUCUCCCUCUCGACUCGGUCCCAUCUCGUUGAAGGUUGUUAAUAAAGACAAAGAAAAAAAAGAGUUUCGGGCGAAAGAGAGACGAUGGCGAGCAACCGUCGAUCGGGAGGCGAUCGGGCGUGCACGGCGCCGUCGUAAGAAAUUAGGGCAGGAAGAAGAACGCACGACGUUGUACAUUGUAAAUAGUAGCGCGAAGAACGAUGGUUACAGAGAGAGACACACAGAUAAUUAAUUUAAAGGCGAGAGAAAGAGAGUAAUAUGGGGUAAAAGGAAAAGAGGGGCGGUCGCGAAUCGAGGCGGUGUCAUCGGCCGCAUCGAGCAAACGCAUGGCACAGCGGUGCGCACUUUCGGAUCAUCCGGAUCGCAAGCGCUCUCCGGAAGUGUGUGAGCGCCCGUCGUCGCAACGGGGACGGCGAGAGCUCGGAAACGUUCUCUCCCGCUGUCCCAUCCCCCAGCAGCGCACCUUCGGUGGUGCCGUUUCGCGAGCGAGUGCGGAUCCGCGAUUGACCGAGCGCGAUCGGAACGGAGACAUCGAAUUGAAAAAAAGAAAAAAAAUUAUUCCGCGCUUUCUCGAACAAACUCUCUUCCGAGUCGUCCGCCCUGAUUUGACCCUGAUGCCGUGCGCUCGCAAUGCGCGUGCCGGGUACGCGUGUUUCUAAAACAGCCAGGGAUUAUACUCUCUGAGAAAUGCGUAAUUGUAUCGUCGACGACCACGCGUCGAUCACUCGCAGACCAUAAUGUAGGGGAAACGUGGCAUUGUGAGGCCGUUGUGUCUAAAAAAAAAAAAAACAAAACUUU